AUGAAUGGCAAAUUUCACACGAACAAUACAGGAAUAACAAUAAUACCAUCAGCGCGAAAAGGAAUUCAUAGUCACUGCACAACUUGCUUGGCUAAAAGGAUAGGGGAUAUGGGAAAAUAUGGUGUCGAAACUAAACGUAACAAUAGAAAUUCGCAUUUAUCACACCAUCAAAACCCUUCCUCGUUGCAAGAUGAAGGUAGAGAUGAAGUUGAUAAUGUAAAGAGGGAUUGUGCUAAUCAGUCAAGUCCCAAGAGCAACAUAAGAAAUACAAGAAAAAAUUCCAUUGAUAGCAUGAAACAUAUUUAUAGUGAUGAAUCUGAUGAUGAAGAUACUUCAGAAGAAUUCAACAGCUUGGAAACACUAGCUUUCACUCCUGAAAGAGCUAGAGAAAACGAAAGUAAUACUUCCAAUAACAAUAAUAGUAUGAUUUAUGAUGAAAUCAAAUUUCACACGGAUGUAACAAAUUUGGGACAGAAAUACAAAGUAACUGAUGACUCAAUAUUGCAGAUUCAAACAGGAAUAUCAACAAUAUUUCAAAGACAAGAUGCUGGCUCCUUUAUAUUCACAUACAACAGUCAAAGCUCUCAUUUUGAUCCUACACUUUUUAACAACUUUAUGAAUGACAUUGCGUCUACCGCGGCUCGAUAUUUAAGGAACGAUACCGACGUUCGUAACCAUGUGAUCGUAGAUAGUAAAGAACUCGAAAUGCGCGUACACGGUGAACUGAUUGAGAGAUACCGGGAAGAUGUAUCUAGAACUGGCGUAAUGCUCGUCAAAGAUCUGGAUGAAGUGCCGGCGCCACUGGCUAUGGCAUUCCACUACUACUGCGACGAGUUCAAUCCGUUGAUAAAGAGAAGCGCUAUAUUUUUCACGCUCAACAUGGCAAAGUGUUCUGACAAAAAGACAUCACAUGCAAGUAUUGAGAAAUGUUUGUCCAAUAAAUGGACAACUGUCUCCAAAGUUAAUAUUGUCCCAUUGUUAGCUAGAAUCGUAAGCAUUGUUGUAGACGUUACAAGUGUAUUU